GCCAAAGCUUCCUUGGUAUCUGUUUAUUGGCUUGCAAGAGAUCUGUUCUUCCACUUGGGCAAAGGAGAAAGAAGUUUAUAAUGGGGAAGAAAAAGCCUGACGUUUACUCAGUUGAGAUCAAUGGAACAAAAGAUCUGGAAAAAGAGGACAUAGGAAAUGAAAAAGAAAAUUAUAAAGAUUUAAAAGAGAGCAUGAAGAAAGGCAAGAAGACUGAAGACCUCAAGAAAGAGCUGGACCUGGAUGACCACAAACUUAGCAGUGAAGAGCUGGAAGAAAAAUAUGGCUCCAGCAUUAUCAAGGGUCUUACCAGUGCAAAAGCUGCAGAGGUUCUGGCCCGAGAUGGCCCUAAUGCACUCACGCCUCCCAAGUCCACGCCGGAAAUCAUCAAGUUUCUCAAGCAGAUGAUAGGAGGAUUUUCCAUCCUCUUGUGGAUUGGAGCUGUUCUCUGCUGGAUUGCCUUUGGGAUUCUGUUUACUCAGAACCAUUCCGGAGCUUUUAACCAGCUCUACCUGGGGGUAGUCCUUGCAUUGGUUGUUAUCCUUACUGGGAUGUUCGCUUAUUACCAAGAAGCUAAAAGCACCAACAUCAUGGCCAGCUUCAAGAAAAUGAUACCCCAGCAAGCCCUAGUAAUUCGAGAUUCAGAGAAAAAAGAAGUUCCAGCCGACCUGCUCGUGGUGGGUGACAUUGUGGAAAUCAAAGGCGGCGACAGGAUACCAGCUGACGUCCGGAUAAUCACCAGUCAGGGUUGUAAGGUAGAUAAUUCUUCACUCACAGGGGAGUCCGAGCCGCAGUCCCGCUCCUGUGAGUUCACUCACGAAAACCCACUGGAGACCAAAAACAUUGCCUUCUACUCUACAACUUGCUUGGAAGGAACUGCUAUGGGUAUGGUAAUCAAUACAGGUGACCGCACCAUAAUCGGACGGAUCGCUUCACUGGCUUCAGGAGUUGGGAAUGAGAAGACGCCUAUUGCUCUUGAAAUAGAGCAUUUUGUCCACAUUGUGGCAGGAGUAGCUAUCACCAUAGGGGUGAUUUUCUUCAUUAUUGCCGUCUCUAUGGGUUACCACGUCUUGCAUUCCAUCAUCUUCCUCAUUGGCAUCAUUGUGGCCAACGUGCCUGAGGGGCUGCUAGCCACAGUUACCGUAAGUUUGUCUUUGACGGCCAAGAGAAUGGCCAAAAAGAACUGCCUGGUGAAGAAUCUAGAAGCCGUGGAAACUCUGGGCUCCACCUCCAUCAUUUGUUCUGACAAGACAGGAACUCUUACACAAAACAGGAUGACGGUUGCACAUCUUUGGUUUGACCAGCAGAUCUACUCAGCUGACACCAGUGAAGACCAAUCAACUCAGACUUUUGAUCAAACAUCUGGCACAUGGACAGCUUUGUCGAAGAUUGUAAGCCUUUGUAAUCGGGCAGAAUUCAGAUCAGGACAGGAAGAUGUACCUAUCAUGAAGAGAAUUGUGGUGGGAGAUGCCUCGGAAACAGCCCUGCUGAAGUUUUCUGAAGUUGCCUUGGGUGACAUCUUGGAAAUCCGGAAAAGAAAUAAAAAAGUGGCUGAGAUUCCCUUUAAUUCAACUAACAAGUUUCAGCUUUCCAUCCAUGAGACCGAUGACCCCAAUGAUAAACGUUUUCUGUUGGUGAUGAAAGGGGCCCCAGAAAGGAUUUUGGAGCGAUGCAGCACCAUGAUGGUAGACGGAAAAGAGGAGCCACUCGAUGCAGAGAAAGCAGAGGCUUUUCAAACUGCGUACAUGGAACUGGGAGGCAUGGGAGAAAGAGUACUUGGCUUCUGUCAUUUGUACCUCCCGGAGCAAGAAUUUCCAGACACCUAUCCAUUUGACACUGAUUCCAUGAACUUCCCUACUUCCAAUCUUUGCUUUGUUGGGCUCAUGUCAAUGAUCGAUCCCCCCAGAUCCACUGUUCCAGAUGCUGUCAUGAAGUGCCGGAGUGCUGGAAUCAAGGUGAUCAUGGUCACCGGUGAUCAUCCAAUCACAGCCAAAGCCAUUGCCAAAAGCGUAGGCAUCAUUUCAGCCACCAGUGAAACAGUGGAAGACAUUGCGAAGCGCCUGAACAUUCCCGUUGAGCAGGUGGACAAACGAGAAGCCAGAGCGGCAGUAAUUAAUGGGAUGGAGCUGAAGGAUAUGACUACAGAACAGCUGGAUGAGAUCCUGCGGAAUCACUCAGAGAUUGUCUUUGCCCGCACUUCACCCCAGCAAAAACUGAUCAUAGUGGAAGGCUGCCAAAGACAGGAUGCUGUAGUGGCAGUGACCGGAGAUGGCGUCAAUGACUCCCCAGCUUUGAAGAAAGCUGAUAUCGGCAUCGCUAUGGGCAUUGCGGGCUCGGACGCAGCGAAGAACGCCGCUGACAUGGUCUUGCUGGAUGACAACUUUGCUUCUAUUGUUACUGGGGUGGAGGAAGGUCGCUUGAUCUUUGAUAAUCUGAAGAAAACCAUUGCCUACACCUUGACCAAAAACAUUGCUGAACUUUGUCCUUUCCUGAUCUACAUCAUGGCCAGCGUCCCGCUGCCCAUUGGCACCAUCACCAUCCUUUUUAUCGACCUGGGCACAGACAUUAUCCCUUCCGUUGCACUCGCCUAUGAAAAAGCUGAAAGUGAUAUCAUGAAAAGGAAGCCGCGGCAUAAGAAAAAGGACAGGCUGGUCAAUCAGGAGCUUGCGGUUUACUCCUACUUGCAGAUAGGCAUCUUGCAGUCUAUUGGCGCCUUCCUGACCUACUUUACUGUGUAUGCUGAGCAAGGCUGGCUACCUUCCUCAUUGCUCAACAUCCGUGUCGAUUGGGAAAACCUAAAUCUUGAUGAUUUGGAAGACAGUUAUGGACAACAAUGGACGUUCUACCAGAGGCAGUACUUGGAGUGGACAGGCUACACAGCCUUUUUCGUCAGCAUCACCAUAGAGCAAGUGGCAGACUUGAUCAUCAGGAAGACACGACGGAAUUCCAUUUUCCAGCAAGGUCUUUUCAGGAACAAAGUCAUUUGGCUGGGCAUAUUCUCCCAGAUAGGAAUAGCUUUAAUUCUUUGUUAUGGACUUGGAAGCGUUACGGCCUUAAACUUCACACCCCUCCGGUUUCAGUAUUGGUUUGUUGCUAUGCCUUAUGCCAUCUUGAUAUGGGUAUAUGAUGAAAUCCGCAAGCUGUUAAUCAGGCGGCAUCCAGGAAGUUGGUGGGAUAAAAAUAUGUAUUAUUGAGUGGCAUCAUCACUCCUCUCAUUUCUCCACGCUGGAGAGUGUGUUUUAGUCGCCUCCUUGAAGGGCCUGUCUGUGCAAUAC